CGGGGAGGGGGCGGUGCAUAUACGUUCCCGGCGCCGAUUGGCUCGCUGCGGCGGUGGGCGUGCCGCCGGCCAGCCGAUGAAUGGAGACGGCGGGGCGCGCGCGGGUGUGCGUGCGUUGCGGGUGCCGGCGGCGCAGGAUGGGGCCGAGUGGUGGCGUGUGCGAGUUCUGGCGGCGGGUGUCGGGCCCGGAGGAGCGGCGGCUGCUGGAGCUCCUCUCCUACGGGUUGGUGGUGCUGGGCGCCGCCUCCGCCCUCCUGCUCUGCUUCAUCCCCAUGCCCUACGGCCGGUACUCGUCGCAGCGCUUCGGCUGCCUGCUGCCCGCCCGCCUCGCCUGGGCGCUGCAGGAGCUGCCGUCCCUCCUCGUCCCGCUCGGGCUCGCCGCCUGCGGAGGGGCGGUCUCCACGGCCUGGCCCAAUCGUGUCCUGCUGGGCUGCUUCGUCGUGCACUACACGCACAGGGCACUCAUAUUUCCUCUUCUGAUACGGCAAGGAAAACCAACACCAUUUUUCACUUUUGUGCUAGCACUUCUGUUCUGUGUUUACAAUGGAUACUUGCAAGGCCGAAGCUUAACCAACUAUGCAAAGUACCAUUCAGACUGGUUAAAAGAUCCACGUUUCAUUACAGGUUUAAUAGGGUGGUUGGUCGGCAUGGCAAUCAAUAUUCAUUCUGAUCAUAUUCUCAGAAAUCUGAGAAAACCAGGGGAAACUGGUUACAAGAUACCGAGAGGAGGAAUGUUUGAGUAUGUCAGCGGAGCCAACUUUUUUGGAGAGAUCCUGGAAUGGUUUGGGUUUGCCCUUGCCUGCUGCACCAUUGAAAGCCUUGCAUUUGCAUUGUGUACGCUUUUCAUCUUGGGUUCAAGGGCAAAACAACAUCACCAAUGGUACCUUGAAAAAUUUGAAGACUACCCAAAAAACAGGAAAAUUGUGAUCCCAUUUGUGUACUGAGCUGUGCUUUUAACACUGUUUUUUAAACUGAUGCUUUUUGUAACAGCUAAUACUACAGGUGUUGACAGGUUAACAACAUACCCUGAUCAUCAGUGUGACAGAGCCUUGGCAUCGGUGCUGCUACUACUUACUGCUUUUCCUCUAAUGAAAACCCAGAAUCUGAGGGACAUGGUGAACAGGAACAGAAAUGGUUUUCCAACAGCAGAGCACCAUCAUAAAUACAUUAAGCAAUGUGUCUUAAUUCACAUCAUGGGAAGUACUGCACAGGACUUCUGAUGCUUCCUUUUCUGCAAGUGCAGCUUCUGCUGUUUCCACUCGCUCUACCCACACUGUCCUGAGGAUUGUGCCAUGGGCCCAGUCACCCUCACUGCAACCUGCAUGCUGUGUUCUACCUGUUAUUUGCCUGCAUACACAAAUGGGGUUAUGUGUUUGGUUUUUUUUCCUUGCCUUUCUAAUCCUUUCUUUCCCCUGCCAGCUUUUCCAGAACUGAUGAUGCAGACCAAAGACAUUAAAUAUACCACCUCUUAGGUGGGAGUCAGUGUUCUGCUUUCUCUUUGCGCUAUUACACGGGUAUGGACACUAUAUAGAUAAUACUAUUUACAGAAACAGUUGUACUGCUACCUUUCCCAAAUAAUACACUAAGAUUGUCAUCUACCUCUCAAAUUUGAUAACUGUCUCAAUAUUCAGUGUGUUUUCUCACUCUUCUUUUUUCAGAAGGCAUUCUUUAAGCCAGUCUAGCACUGUUAACAAUUGUGUAGUGUCUUCUAACUUUAUACUUUUUUACAAAAUUAUCUUACUAUGCUGUGUUUUUUAAAAUAUCAAGUGUCUUCCUUCUCCUCCUGUUGAUAGCAUUUGAGAUGAUUUUAUAUUCCAAAAAUCUGGAAUAUUUUAGUACUGCUUGUUUUAUUAAUGUCAGUUUUUAGACCCCUGCAUUUUCCUCCUGAAAUACUUCAGAAGGGUUUCAAAGACAUGAAAGCACACAGAUUUGAGUUUUGGGCACAUUUGUGCAUGCUUGUGAUAUUAAAGCAUUUUUUAGAAUUGCUAAACAAAAAUUAAAAAAAAAAAACACAAAAAACAAACAAAACAAACAAACUACAGUUCUACAAAAUUAAAAAAACUAACGAACAAAACACUAAACACAAACAGGAAACCAAGCCAACCCAACAACCAAACAGUGAUAAUUAAAAACAAAGGCACAAAAAACUUCCCACAAAACCCAAAACUCUGCUGCUAAUAUACUUUGGAAAUCACUGGAAAUAAAACUUGCUGAGUGUUUUUUGAUCUGUUUACACCAUUUAUAUUGGGUUAUAUUCUUCAAAACAAAUUGGUAAUAUAGUUUUUCCAGAUGCUGAGUUUUCCGGUAUGGUAUUUGAGUAUGUUUUGUCUAAAGCUCAAAAUUCUGUAUUUGCUGUUAUGUUAUUCUGGUUACUACAGUAGUGUAUCUCAUGAAUUUUACCUUUAGUAUUUUAGUUACUAGUUUAAAAAGAAAAAGUGCAUUCAGAAAAUGAGCAGUGAAGAAAGGACUUUGUGACCCAAGUUUCUGCUUAACAGUUGUUUCUUCCUCUUCCUGCCGUGUUUAUAUGGUACUUACUGCACUGUAGUAUUGUCUAUCGUUAAGAAUUAAUUCAGUGGUGUAAAUAAUUGUAACAAAAAAUUAUGGUGUUAUUGACUCAAAUAGUCGAAGGAGAGGAGAGAAAUUAGAAGUCCUGCAGUGGUGAUAACUUAAUACAGCUAAACCCUUGGACUACCAGUUGCUGCUUAUAAAGUUGACUGGGGUGACCCAUCCUGCUCUCAGCCAAUAUCCAAAAAGUCCAGCUUUGGGAGAACGUAGGAAUACCCAUUUUUUUUUUUUUGCCAGUGUCAUCACUUGAUUCUCAAGUUGUUUAAUAACUUCUCUAGUGUUUGCAUCUUUCCGUAGUGUUUUAGAAGUCUGAGGCUUCCCCUGUUGUUUUUGUUGUCACACCCUGAUUUGACAUUGGGUCCUAGCUUGCCUCAUGAACAGUCAGGUUCCCUGAUGCAGAGGAUGGCGAGGAGAGGAGGAUUCACCCCUCAAUGCUGAAGUGGACUUAGUGGACAAUAAAAGUUCAAUAGGAUCACUUAAAGCAUAUUAUGAAGAUAAUUUUUAGAAGCCUAGUCUUAUGUAUCCAGAUAUUUCUACAUCCCUGUGGCAGUUUGUCUUGGUGUCUAAAUCAUUCAGCCAUCAAAAUCUGUUUUAGGGGAAAAAUACUUUACAGGAUUUAAGUAACACUACUUACUCUAGAUAUUUAAAUGUUUGCAUAGUUUAUGGUGAAUUUGCAUGUUACUAAUAUCUUUAUAUCUGUUUAAAAAAAAAAAAUCACUGGUGGGACAACCAACUAGUAAAAAAGAUCUGGCUGCAGCACUUUAGUCUCUAAUCCACCACAUUGGUUUGUGAUUGGUGGUGGUGGUUGUUUUGAUUUGUUUUUUUUUUGUUUUUUUUUUUUUUGCCUUUUAUAAAAAGGUAAUGAUUCUUUUAAUAGUGAAGAGUGAGAAAAAAUGGCUUAGCAUUCAGUAUGUCUCAUUAUCAAAAGCUGUAACUCUCUGUACUCAGUAGUUUUUACCAUUGUUUAUGGAAAAUUUCUACUGAUGCCUCAGUUUUGUUUUGGUACUAUGCUGCUAAAUAUUGACUAAAAGUUCAGCUGGUUUGCUCACGUAAUGCUAAUUUAUGGUUUACCUAUAGCAGGAUAGGGAUCUGAAAGGGGAUGCUCUGAUUGCUUAUCCAUGUUCUUUCAUUACAAAAAAGGAAAAGCUAAGGUCUAUGGGAUAUGAAUAUCAGUGUGUAUAGGAAUUCUAGUUAAUUUGUGUAUUAAUAAAAAAACCCCAACAAACAGAAGAUGGCUUUAUUUGUUCUAUGUUUCUAUUUUAUAUUCUCACUAUACUGCUGCAACCUUCCUUAAGUGAAGUACAAAACUCAUUUGCGGCAAUUAAUUAGAGAACAAAUGUUAUGAGGAGCAGUGUAGGGAACUGGGGCUGUUCAGCCUGGAGAAAAGGAGGCUGAGGGGAGACCUUAUCGCUCUCUACUACUACUUGAAAGGAGGUUGUAGCAUGGAGAGUGUCGGUCACUUCUCCAAAGUAACAAGUGAUAGGACAAGAGGAAAUGGCCCCAAGUUGUACCAGGGGAGGUUUAGAUUAGAUAUUAGGAAAAAUGUCUUCACAGAAAGGGUCAUCAAGCACUGGAACAGGCUGCCCAGGGAAGUGGUAGAGUCCUCAUCCCUGGAGGUGUUUAAAAGACAUGUAGAUGUGGUGCUUAGGAACAUGGUUUAGUCAUGGACUUGGCAGUCCUACCUUAAUGGUUGGACUCAAUCUUAAAGGUUUUUUCCAAAAUAAAUGGUUCUGUGAUUCUUGUGUUUCAAGGCCAGGGUACAUCAGUGAAAAGUAUGAUCAACUUGGUCAAAUGUUAGUACUGCCUUUUUUUAAAAAAAAAAAAAAAAAAAAUAAUCCUAUUUUUCAUAUUUUACUUGUGUUUCCUUACUCUUUCAGCAGCAUUGACUGAAUUUUUGUUAGAAAAUAUCUGAUACUGAGAAAUUUUUCUUGAAAACAUAUGGUGUGAAAAUAAACUCUGUUCUGCCCAUUCCAGAAGGUGAAAAUAUGUAUGCUUGCUAUUGGGUAUAAUACGUGUAGCAAUUUUUAAGAGAUACUUCUAUACAGACUGUAUACAUCUUUCCUGAAAAUCCCCUACUAAUAAAAUAUGGUUUGCGGUGUCUUGCUGAA